CUCUUGACAUCUGGAGCCUCAAUGCAAAUAUUCCAUUUCCAUACCAAAUGGAGGUUUCCGUCAGAACAUCCACCGGGACCGGCAGUCAAGUGACGCCAGGGAAGAUGUGGCAAACGAUAUUCCGAGCAAGGUUGCCUGGUGGGCAAAGCGAGCCCGCCUAUCAUACGCGAAGAGCUCACAAAAAGUCCAGGGGUGGAUGUAUGGUUUGUAAAAAGCGGAGAGUCAAGUGCGAUGAACAAAAGCCAACUUGCCAAAGAUGCCAGACUUAUGGAGCGACGUGCAGCUAUGCACCGUCUCCAAGCCCACUGCAUGCUGGCAGAAGUGCCGUGUCUGUGCUUGGAGCGCCAACGAAAGUCAUGUUUUCGUUGACGGUUGCAGAGAUGGUAUCCAAUAUCAAAGAAGUGCUGGCUGGUGAUCUCAUCUGCGCGCCCCGUAUGAUAGGAGAUUACCACACAGUCGUGUCAAUCGCUGUUGAUUCGUUCCAACAGUUUGUAAAUAUCUCAACAAAUACUGUUGGUUCCUCGAUGAUCCAGCAAGUCAUGAAAACAGACAUGAUUCACGUCGCUUUUAAUUCGAAGAGUCCCUAUUUAAUGUACACGAUUAUCGGGUGCGGUAUUUUACAUCUUAAUCGCAUGUGUCCAGGGUAUAAGCCACGCGAGCUUGCCGAGGCCUACUUCUGGCAACAAGCCAUAAAGCUGUAUGGAAGAGCCUUGCAAGGCCCUGUCACAGAACACAACAUAGACCCCCUUGUUUCCGCUUGCAUGCUCAUUGGCAUUACGUCGAUAAUCCCCCCUGAUUUCCAGCCCGAGGAUUCCUGGGUUCUGACGGGAAGAUCUAGUGAUCUGAAUUGGCUAGCCCUGCAGGGUGGACUGAACUGUAUUCUUACUUUGGCUGGCCGUCUGGUCAAUCGGAGCAUAUGGGGUGUAGCCUUUUCCAUCAGCCACGAAUGGGAAACCAAAUUAUAUCGAUACGAUGUUGAACAAGGCCGCGAGGGGCUUUGUUCUGAGCUGGCCGAUUUGUGUGAGAUUGACGAUACAACUACGGAUGCGACCAGUCCGUACUAUUUUGCGCUGAAGAUCCUGAGCCCACUGCUCCGGUUGGAUUUCAAUGCGCAAAAUUCGUCGCAAUGCACGACGUGGAUGGGCCGGCUCCACCCUAGUUAUGUGGCGAUGCUCAGGCAAAGAGAUCCCCGAGCUUUGGUCAUUAUGGCCUACUGGGCAGGGUUGAUGUGCAAGCUAUCACAAUGGCAGCCUUGGAUAGAGGGGAGGAUUAGACAGGAGUGUAUCGCUAUUUGCAUGUAUCUUGAGCGCCAGGGGGAUCCAAUCAUACAGCCGUUUCUAGAGUUUCCGGCCAUUUGGCCAAAGAUUGGUGACCCCCAAAAUACGUAUAUCAUGAUUCCUCCUGAUGUCGGUCACGCCCUCCAAGCUGGCAGCCUGCUUGGCCGUGCCACUGCAGCCCACGCGCAGGAUCGAUCAAAGCUGGUUUUCCACCAUGAGACUCGGCAUUUUGCCCACGCACAUUUUGCUGAACUAGCAAGUACUUCUGGUGCGGAUCUUGGACAAUCCCUCGACUAUCUGAAGGAUAUGUAA